AUGAGGGCCGUCGCGCUGCUGGCUGCCCUGGUGGCAGUGGCCGCUGGCACCGAGACUUUUGUUGGGCACCAGGUGCUGCGCAUCGUCCCCACCAACGAUGAGGAGCUCCAGAAGGUGCAGGAGCUGCAGGACCUCGAGGAGCUGCAGCUGGAUUUCUGGCUGUCUCCCCGCGGCCCCGGCUAUGCGGUCGAUGUCCGUGUGCCCUUCCCCAGCCUGCAGCCCCUCAAAGCCCACCUGGAGGCCAAUGGCAUCUCCUACUCCAUCAUGAUCGAGGACGUGCAGGUCAGCGGUGGUGGAGGGGAGGUGCCGCUCUCCACCAACACCUUUGAGUACUCCACCUACCACAGCCUGGAUGAGAUCUACUCCUUCAUGGACCUGCUGGUGGCUGAAAACCCCAACCUGGUCAGCAAGCUCGAGAUCGGCCGGUCGACAGAGAACCGCCCCCUCUAUGUGCUCAAGUUCAGCAAAGGGGGAACAAACCGCCCAGCCGUCUGGAUUGACACCGGCAUCCACUCCCGUGAAUGGGUGACGCAGGCCAGUGGUGUCUGGUUCGCCAAGAAGAUUGUCCUGGAUCAUGAGAAUGACCAAGGUCUGGCCUCCAUCCUGGACAGGAUGGACAUCUUCCUGGAGAUUGUCACCAACCCGGAUGGCUUCGUCUUCACCCAAACCCAGAACCGCAUGUGGCGCAAGACCAGGUCCAAGCACUCGGGCUCUGCUUGCAUCGGUGUGGACCCCAACCGCAACUGGGACGCAGGUUUCGGAGGACCCGGGGCCAGCAGAAACCCCUGCUCGGAGACGUACCACGGACCCUACGCCAACUCGGAGCCCGAGGUGAAGGCCAUCGUGGACUUUGUGAAUAACCACGGGAACAUCAAGGCUUUCGUCUCCAUCCACAGCUACUCCCAACUCCUGCUCUACCCCUACGGCUACACCAGCACCCCAGCGCCUGACCAGUCCGAACUGCACCAAAUUUCCAAGGCGGCGGUCGCAGCUCUGUCAUCUCUGUACGGCACUAAGUACAAGUACGGCAGCAUCAUCACCACCAUCUAUCAAGCGAGCGGAGGAACCAUCGACUGGACGUACGAUCAGGGCAUUAAGUACUCCUUCACCUUCGAGCUGCGGGACACAGGGCGUUACGGGUUCCUGCUCCCCGCCAAACAGAUCGUCCCGACGGCCGAGGAGACGUGGCUGGCGCUGAAGGUCAUCAUGCUCCAUGCGCGGGACCAUCUCUACUAA